UCAUGGAACUUGGCGAACUUUACGCAUGCGUUGCGUUCCAUGCCGUACUUUAUCAUUAUAAAUAAAUAUGGCGACAGACUGUUGAAUUGUUGUGACACGGUCGAGUGGACGGUGAUUUACCGAGGUUAAUAAAAGGGUAAAAAGCUUGUUCGAACAGUUGACCGAUUAGGAAGGUGACGAUGGAGGCGGUGGAUAUUGGCAGCACUCUUUUGGCCGGAGAUCCGCGCUUGGUUGAUCACAUAGUUGGGGAAGUUAAAUCGCAAGGAAUUUUCGAUCAGUUCCGGAAGGAAUGCAUCGCUGAUGUUGACACAAAGCCAGCGUAUCAAAACUUGCGUACCAGGGUCGAAAGUUCCGUCAAUACAUUUCUGUGCAAGCAAAUAUGGAAGCCGGACAUGAACAAAAAUCAACUGCGAGAAAACUUACGAAAGCACAUACACGACGCGGCCUACUUGGAUGUUGGAGUAGAACGCAUCGUCGAUCAAGUUGUUAACCCAAAAGUCUAUUCGGUAUUUAUGUCGCAAAUUGAAGAUGUGGUGCAUAAAUUUCUUGGGAUUGAACGACCCAAAGAACGUGAAAAAAAUGGUACAAAAAGCCUCAAGGAUUUGCUACCUAAAGAUUUGGAUCCUGUUUCACCAGAGUCGGACAAGAACAGCUUGAAAGAUGUUUCACUCGAAUCUGUGGAUGCGAACUUGACUGCGACUGUUGUAAGCAACGAUCAUUUACCACCGAAAGAUGCAAAUAAAACAGAAAUAAAUAUUCAGAGUAACGAAAAUAGCAACGAUAAAUCGGCAAACGAUUGUAACUCGACGAACAGACAAUCUGAAAAUUUAAAUGAUCAAUCCGAUGGUACUACGAAGAAUUCUAACAAAAAUCUCUUUUCUUCGAAUUUGAACAUUUCUGGAAAAUCGGAUGAUAAACCUGAAGAGGAAGAAGAGGACAGUCCGAUGUUUGAACCGAUAGAUAUAAUGAAUUUUAAUGAAUCUAAUGAUUCACAUUUGUCGGGUAUUUCAGAACUUACAAGCCAUAGAUCACGAAGCCCAGAUUUUUCCAAUGAUUUUUCAAGAGAUAACUUGGACUUUAGUAAUCACGACUCUCAACUAAGUAAGGUUUCCUCAGAUUCUCGACUGUCAAUAGUCACUGAUUUCGGUUUGUCCAAUCAUGCAACGACGCCAAUGUUACCCGAAGCUUCGAAGGAGGAGAGCAACAAAGGAAAGUCGGUGGAAUCUGUUCACAUUAGAAGUAGCAAAGAUAAUUUCAAAGCAAUUCGAGAUAUUGAAUCAAAUAAAGGUAACAGCAAGGAUGGAAGAAAUUUAUUGGAAAUUAUUCAAAGUAAGGAAACGUCGCUGGAACUUCGAGAUUGCAAGGAUUCAAAAAGUAUUAAAGCCUCGAUAGAUUCCACUGAUGCUGGAGUCAAGGAUAAAAAUGACUCCAAAGAUAAAUAUAAAGACAGCGAUGCUAAAAAGACAAAGUCUAGCAAAGAUAAGGACGAUAUCAAGGAAUUGAAAUCUUAUAAGGACCGAGACAAGGAUCACAGAAAGAAACAGACUUCACACAGCAGUUCUAAGCAUGAAAAAACCGAUAAAUAUUCGAAAGAUAAAUACAAGGAAAAGUCUGACAAAAGCCGUGACAGUUUUGAAAAACCCAAAGAGAAUUUAGAGAAGGGCAAAGAGGCAGAGAAGCUCAAAGAAGAGAAAAAGGAUUCAGACAAAAAGGAAAGCGUUGGAAAGGAUUUGAAAGAUAUUUAUAAAGAAAAAAUUCGAGAAUUAAGAGAGAAAAAAGAGUUGACCGAAAAGGAGAAACUGGCUAAAGAUCCCAAAGAGUCUAAAUCAACUAGAGAUUCUAGAGACAGAAAAGACUCAUCAAGAGAUCGACGAGAUUCAAGGAGCUCUUCUGCCAAAAACUCUAGUCGUCACGAGGACAAAGCAAGUAAAAAUGAUGACAAGUCAGUCGUUAAAACAGACAGCAAAUCGUCGAGCAAAGGCAACGAACUCAAAGACCCUAAAAGCGAAACAAAGGACAAAGGGAAGCGUGAUGACAAAUGGCAGUCUAAAGAUGGCAAAGAGAGCCGAAGUAAAAGUUACAGUAAUGCAAAAAGUGAUUCGACAGAAAAGAGCGACAAGUCUGAGGCAAAGAAAGAAGGUAAAAAUGAUAUUCAAACGAAAGAUUUGGAGCGAAAUGAGCGAUCUGAUGCAAGGAGAGAUUCGAAAUUGGAGACAAAAAAAGAUUUGAAAACUGAACCACAGAGUAAAGAUUGUGAGAAGAAUGAUCGAUUGGAAGCGAAGAAAGACUCGAAGGUCGAUUCCCAGAACAAAGAACGAAAGAGGAAAAAUGAUAAGAAAACAAAAGCAAAAGACGAUCAUUUCAGUUUGAGGAAGAAUCCAAGUGAGCGACGCUCGACUGACCGAGACGGCUCAAAUGGAUCGAGUAGCAAAAAUUCGCAGAAGAGUAGCUCAAGCUCCAUUGCCAAUUCGGGUAGAACAGGUUCUAGCAGCUUGACUAAAGAAUCGGGCGGGACGAGCAAUUCUAGCAGCGAAACAUCCGAUAGUGUAGAUAUUUCACCGAGCGAUGAAAUCAUGUCCCCGAUUGAAUCAAUGGAAAAGGAUAAGGAAAGCGUAAAUAGAGUGAAACCUUUGACGAUUAAAAUAACAAACGAGAAUGAAACUAGCCAACCCGACUAUUACAUCGAAUCAGAUUUGAUGCCUAAAAGAGUAGAACUAGGGCAUGCCGAACUGAGUUUACCAUUGAAAAAACGUCCGUUACAAACGGAUAUCUCUGCACCAAAUCCGAAUGACUUCAAGGUGAAGAAACCAAAGUUUGCAAAGAACUUUCAAGAAGCAAAAAAACUGAUGAAAAUCAGAAAGAAAAUGGAGAAACAGAGAAUGAAAGAAUACGAAGCAGCUAAAGAGAAAUUUCAGAUGGCUAAUCAUUCUGAUAAGCCUACAGCAUUGCCGGCAACUGAUAAAGACAAAGAGUCUCCUAUGCUUCCGGACGAUGAGAGGGUUCAAAUUAUAGAGGUCACCGACGACGACUAUGAAGAACCUUAUCCGGAUCUUUCGAUGAAAGAAAUAAACAUCAGUCUUGAACGACAAUCUAUAUCCAGUUUAGAAAAUCCGCUAGUCUUUAAUCCUGAAGAAAAUUUGGCGAAUGUUUUGGAAAAGCAAUCCACGUUGUCGGAAAUGGAGAAAUCGAUUAGACGUUCGUUAGAAGAUAUGAUAUCGGACAGAAAAUUAACAGAAUUAAAAACGCAGGUGGAAAAUAGUAACGAUUCAAUGGCAUCCAUGACAAGUGUCCAAAAUAAAGCAUCCGUCGCAACUGUACACGAUGUUGCCGAUGUACCAAAACAGAGUGAAACAGGAUCUAAAUCCGAAACUACAGUAAUCAACUCGGGGAAUAAGAGGUCCAGCAUUACGAAAGCUGCUUUUGACAGGACAAUUAAUGAUGCAUUAGCGAACAAUCUAAUGGAGAUGAAAUAUACAUUUGAAGCCGAAGCAAAGGUCUUGCAGAGUGUGGAAUCCAAAAAAGACAAAGUAGAAGAUUCAGUGAAAUCAAUAAUACAUGACGAACAAAAAGGCGAUGAUGAUCGUUUAGGUGUCAGAGCAUCUGAAGAACCAAUGUCCUCAAAUGUAUAUAACAAAUUAAAUGCUGACACUACUGAUAAAGUUGCAUUAUCAACGGCGGACGACGAACAUAAUCAUUGUUUGUACUUUGAAGCCGACAACGAGAGAGCUGUGAGAUUUUCAAAAUUUUUGAAAUCCGUCGAGUUUGAGGCCCUAGAAGAUAGUACAGGUCAACAAAAUUCUACAGAGUCUCUUGAAAAGAUUUUAGAAAGUCUAGGAGGUCAAAUCGUUUCGUCAUUGCCUAAGACAAUGGCGCCGCCCAUGCCAAAGCGGAAACAAUCGACGAGUCCUUUGAUGGAUAUUAUAUUGAAUAGUUCGAAUAAUAACAACAUUCGUCAGACGAUAAAAGAAUCGACGCCAGAGGUCGAGUCGAGUCCUUAUAAAAAACGAAAGCUGGGCCGUCCUAAGAAACAUAGAGCUGUCGCUAACAUAUGCGCGAUCCAAAAUUUACCCAAUGGAGAGAACUUUGUUAUGCCUUUGAGCCCGGAAAGCGACGUGUCUGCCACUAGUGAGAAGAAUUUGCUUCAUCUCCUAAAAGAGGACAAAAGCCGGCAGAGAAGCAGUCAACGUUACUCAAGUGACGACCUUUACAAGCCCAGGCCUUUUUUCUCCAGCUCGUCCAGGCGAAGUAGAAGAACCAACCAGGCAUAGCAUUCUUUUAUAGCACUUAGUGUCAGAUGUUAAUGAAACGCAAUACUCAAGGAUAGAGUACAAAAUUCAAUAUCAAAGCGAAAAGACAGAGUGGUUGAAACUGUCCUGGGUGUCCUUCAUUUUCAUUUCUAAAAGCCACAUCUUGAUAAAACUACUACCCACUUUGUGCUAUUUUUAGAAUCAUUUGUGUUGCGCCUCAAUUAUUUUACGCAAAUUUACAGCUUAUAGAUCACGUUUCAUUCUAUUGAUUUUCUUUUAAUUCUUACAACACGAUUUACUCUAUUCUACUUCACAUGAAUGAGUACGGAUGAUAAGUGAAAUUAUCGUCGAUAUCAUUCAAUUGGUAAAAUUACUUACUAUCUUUUUGUCAACAUCAGUUGAGUGGCUUACCAUUGAAGCGAUUCAAAUCAUUUCGAAAAUGAGUCACUAUAAUCGGUCAUCCGGUGUAUGGACGUUUUUAAAUUCUUCAACGCAUCCAAACUUUUAAUAUUAAUAAUUCGUCUGUGGCAAAGUGAACAUUCAAUACUAGAAAACCUGAUUGAUAUUCUUAUUUUUGUUCUUCGAAUCUAUAAUCUCUGCUUGUACAAUCAAGUCGACAAUCCAAUAUUUAUUCAGAAUUCUACGAAAUUUUCUGAGGUGGUCAAAUUUUCCAAGGAUGCUGGAAACCUUGUCAAUUUCAAAUAUCUUUCCAUUUAAAUCUUGAUCCAAGUGUAACAUAGUUCGUUAUUAGUCUUCUUGAAGCCACAUUUUUCUUUCCUCUUUUUUUUUUUACAUAUUGACCACAAAAAUAAUACAUAACUACCAAAAGUACGCUUUGAGAUAACCAUUGAGGUACUAUUUCUAAUCUCGUGUAAUAAUCGUUGUCAGUUGAUAUUCAACUCUCUGAAAUAAGUUACAUUGUCCUCAGAAAUUAUAUUGAUCCCAAGGUGAUCAGAUUGUCUUCAAUUUGUUCUUUGUAUCGAUAGUUCGAAAAAUUGAACGCUCUGAUAAAGAAAAAAAGAAGAAAUCCCGAACUUGAUAAAUUUUGAAUUUUCUGCAUAAUGCUUGAUUCUUCAAGCUUUGCCCGAUACUCUAACUUUAUUGUACAUAUAUGAUUCACGAUUUAAUAUUAAAAAUAAAAAUAGAACAGAUUAGACUGAGAAAAUUUAUUCAUAAUUUAUCAUAUAAAAAUCUAGAGAUGCAAUAAUAACAUUGAAAUGGAUUCAUUUUAAUGAAUCUUCAAAUGUAAUUAAAAUGUAUUUAAAUCAUUAUUCUUGUUACUAAAAUUUCAUAGCAAUUAAAUAUAACUUUUUUUUUUUCAGAAUUAUCGAACACUACUUAAUCGUUUUGCAUUGAAAGUUCCAAGUUUGAUAUUCCUUCACUAAAGGCCUUUUCAUUGUAAAUAACUAAUGCAUGUAAAACAACAUUGUACAUACAUUGUAUACUUAAGUGUGUGUGUGUGUGUGUGCAUGAAUGUAUAUACUUAUAUGUACAUAUAUUUAUACAUACAUACAUAUAUAUAUAUAUAUAUAUAUAUGCAUAUGUAUAAAUCAUCACAGUUAUAGGUAUGUCAUAUAUGUAUAUACACGUAUACAUAUCCAUGUGUUUAUACAAACAAUGUAAAAGAAAAGAGCUAUUAUUAGCAAUGGUUCUUGACUACUAGAGAGUUUAUUUAUUGGAAAAUUUCAUAGGCAAAAAUUAUAACAACGGGCAAAUCAAGUUCUUUGUAACGUAUUUAGCGAAUAUUCGAAUAUUAGGCGUUAUAUGGAUUACUUACUGCUGUUGUAUGAUUAUUGCAUUUUAUAUAAAUAACUAAUAAUCGUA